ACACACAGGAGGUUACAAAAUACAGAAGGGUUCGGAAAAAUCCCUUAAAAUUAUUAAAGUCGCGAUAGAUAUGGGAGCGCGCGGAUCGCGGCACAUCAGUGUAGGUACGCGGAAGAUGUGAAUAGCUUGCCGGUUAAUGGCUGACUGCCGAGCACAGAGGCGUCGGGGCAAACGGCGCGCUAUAUGACGUAGUGCGCAUGCGCGAUGUAUCACGCGAUGCGCGCGCAGGUGUUUGAAAGAGAUUGCUAUUCUCUAUAUCGCGUCGGCAACCGACCGCGGGAGGCCCGAGUGGGAAGGUCAGAUGUACGGUGGUUUACUAUAAGUCUUUUUUUUUCUUCCACACUACUGUUCUACGUUCGGUUGUUUCCGUGGCGCGUCAUGUCUCGCGCACGCCGCUCGCGGAUACGUUGGAAGCAAACCAGUUGAGUAUUCCAACUACUUUUGCAGUUAUGAUUAAACUAGUACAUAGUUGGAUCGUUGAGCAUAGAAAACAGUUGAAUGAAACGGUUAGUUUAAAUAACGCCCACGACUAGUGCAGUCGUGCGGCCGGCACGCAAAGCGAAGCGGUGCAUGGCCGAUAAAAAGUAAAAAAAUCUUAGAGAAUAAUUUCAAUGUCAAAAACUAUGUGCUGGCUGUCAGUUCUAAGUUCUUCCCGCGCGUUGUCACAUUGUUUUUGUUUUGAUAGGUGUAUCGCGACAAACUGAUACAAAUUUUAAUUGAAACACCAUCCAUCAAAAUGACUUCGGUGGCUCGAGCUGCGCGUAUUGCCCGGGAAGUCAAGAAUUUCGAAAUCACACCGCCAUGGGGCAUCACUUGCAAACCAGUGAAAGAUGAUAAUUUCGAUGUCCUCUCUGUAACUCUCCUAGGUCCUAAAGGCUCACCAUAUGAGAAUGGGAAAUUCAAAGUGACGGUCACUAUACCAGAAAAGUACCCUUUUGAGCCUCCACUUGUAAAAUUCGUUACACCAGUGUACCAUCCGAAUAUAGAUAAAGGGGGACGCAUAUGCAUGGACAUGCUGAAAAUGCCACCAAAAGGUGCAUGGUUGCCGACAAUAACAUUAGAAACAUUACUUGUAUCUCUUCAGACGUUGAUGGCCAAUCCGAACCCAGACGACCCUCUGAUGAUGGACAUAGCCAAUGAGUACAAGCAUGAUAAAGACCAGUACGUCCUGAAUGCGAAGAAAUAUACAGAGAAAUAUGCAGUUUAAUUGCAGAUGAAUUUUGAACAUGAAGUUAAAAUCCAACUAGCACUUACGUAAACUUCCUAUAGGAUUUUUGGGCUGUUAUAUUACAUGUAUGUCAUAAAAUAUCAGGAAAUUCAUAACAAGUUUACAUGUCCACAAUACCUCUUUAUUUUUUAUACAUCAAUCCGAAUUUUUUAUACAUCAAGCUUUACUAUUCUUUCUUCAUGUUAC